AUGGAUCCUGGAACAUCCUCCGAGCCUCCUUCUCGUUCAUUGCAGGGGAAAGUCGCAAUUGUAACAGGUGCAGGGUGCCUGGGCUCGGGUAUAGGCAAUGGUCGUGCAAUUUCAAUUCUUCUAGCCGACGAUGGUUGUGAUGUAGUCUGUGUCGACAUGGUCAAGGAGUGGGCGGAAAACACCGUCGAAAUAAUCAACUCCAAACCCGGGCGCGGACGCGCGAUUGCCCACAACGCUGACGUGUCUCGAGAGAGUGAUUGCGAAGCUGCAGUGGAACUCGCUGUUGCAACAUUCGGUCGUCUUGAUAUUCUGAUAAACAACGUCGGUAUUGGAGGCGCGGCAGGAACUGCGGUGGAAGUGGACAUGGGUGAAUGGGCCAAGAGUAUGGAGAUCAAUGUCGCCAGCAUGGUUCAAAUGAGCAAAUAUGCAAUCCCAAUAAUGAACCGCAAUGAAGGAGAAAUUAAGGGAAGCAUUGUGAAUAUGGGUAGUGUUGCUGGUCUUAAGGGAGGAACGCCGCAUCUGCUAUAUCCCACUGCGAAAGGAGCGAUCGUGAAUUUGACGCGUGCGAUGGCUGCUCAUCAUGCUGCCGAAGGUAUUCGAGUCAACUGUGUUUGCCCCGGAAUGUUGUAUACGCCCAUGAUGUAUGGAAAAGGCAUGAGUGAUGAAGCACGCGAGGCACGACGGAAGCGGAGUUUGCUGGGUACUGAAGGCACUGGGUGGGACUGCGCUGGAGCGGCGGUAUUUCUAGCUGGUCCUCAUGCUCGAUGGAUGACGGGUGUUAUUCUCCCUGUUGAUGCUGGUACAACGGCAGCUGUAGGAAUUGGUAUGACAAAGAGUGCUAGUGUCAACGGACAGUAA